AUGAGCUCGUCCGUUGUAUCUCGAGCCUUCCAAGGCAAUUCCUACCGCUUCGUGCAGCGCGUGCUCACUUUUGCAGCCAAUGCAGUUGUUCUGCGCACGUUGCACCUCCACGUCACUGGUACCGUGACCGUGCGUCUGGAACUGGCCAUGGCCUCGAUCUUCGUGCUCCGCGACGGCUUUCGUCUGGCCUUUCUGCGACUGCCGUCCAUGGACACCAAGAGCUCGGACAUGAACCAGUUGCACCUGCAGCAAGUAGUGAACGCUGCGUGGCUAUCGACGGCUCUGACUUGGAUGCUCGCAGGUCUGUUGCUGCUAGGUACGACGCUCGGGACGUCGUCGGAGACAGUGGACCAUGGCGAGGCGGUUCUGAGCUAUGCCGUGGUCUUUGCCAUGUACUGUGGAGCUGCAGUGAUCGAGUCUCUGGCCGAGCCAAUGUUCCUCUUGGCGCACGCGAGUGUGCUCGUGAGCUGGCAAGUUGCAGCGCAGAGUGCGGCCUUUUUAGUGCGAGCUGCAGUGCAGUACGUUGGAGUGGUCGUGCUCAAGCUAGAGUUGGUGGCCUAUGGGCUCGCAGAGCUUUCGUAUGCCGUGACGGUGCUACUGAUGUUUUCGCUUUUCUUCUACCGACGGAUCAAUCGAUCGUUGAAGUCAGACGACCAUUUCGCGUUUACAACGAUGACUCAGCUAUUGCCUCGACGGACCGAAAUCGGUACUGAUUGGUGUCACGCAGAGCUGAGGACGUUGUUCGUGCCGCUGGGAGUGCAGAGUGCAGUCAAGUAUCUCCUGACUGAAGGUGAUAAGUGGGUGCUGACAGGGUUUGCGUCGCUGCACGACAUGGGAAUCUAUGGUCUGGUCUCGAAUCUUGGAUCGCUCGUGCCGAGGAUUGUCUUUUUACCAAUUGAAGAAGCGACUAAAGCUAUCUUUAGUAAGCUCGCACUUGCACAAAAGCACAAAACUGAUGAAGAAGAUGACAAGAUUGGGAAGAUGGACAGGUUGGCAAACGGACAGACAUUGUUGCUUGUGCUGCUAAAGCUGAUGAAUUUGGUGGGGCUGGCGUUUGUAUGUUUCGGGACGAGUUACGCAAAUACGUUGGUGCUGUUGUUGUACGGAGCUGAGAAAGUUCAGCAAGGAGUGGGCGUAGCAUUGGCUGGCUACUGCGCCUACAUCCCUUUCUUGGGAGUAAAUGGAGUUUGUGAAGCUGUGGUGCACGCGAUCGGAAAUGACCGCGAGCUCAUACAUCUUAACAAAUUGCUCGGUGUAUUCUUCGCCAUAUAUGCGGUCAGUGCGCUUGUAUUCAUGCAAGUUCUCGACUGGGGUACCUUUGGACUUAUCCUGGCAAACUGUGUGAAUAUGGGCUGCCGAAUCCUCUAUUGUUUGACAUUCCUGGCCUCGUACUUUCGCCAGGUAGCUCCCGAUGUCCAGACGAGCAAUGCUGUAGUCAAUGGUUUGUCAUUUUGGCGUCAGUCUUUGCCGGAUCGACUCGUAGUGUCUGCAUUCGUGGUUUCUUUGGUGGUGACCGCAACCUCUCAGUAUUUACUGAUCCGUUCCGAGACGGAUAAACCACCCGCCUUGGUGUUUCACAUGCUGCAUGUGGCAGUAGGAGCAGUUUGCUUUGCUGGAACUGCGCUUACGCUCAUUAUAAAGGAGCAGCGUCUGUUACGUGAUCAGGUCGCAGCUCUUCGAGGUCAGAGCAAGUCUCACAGCGACUAG